GGGAGACCAGAUAUAGUGAAUGCAGGGUCCUGGGAGACUGGAUAUAGUGAAUGCAGGGUCCGGGGAGACCAGAUAUAGUGAAUGCAGGGGUCCUGGGAGAUCAGAUAUAGUGAAUGCGGGGUCCGGGGAGACCAGAUAUAGUGAAUGCAGGGUCCUGGGAGAGCAGAUAUAGUGAAUGCAGGGUCCUGGGAGACCAGAUAUAGUGAAUGCAGGGUCCGGGGAGACCGGAUAUAGUGAAUGCAGGGUCCGGGGAGACCA